GAGCUUUUUGAAAAUAUGUCAGCUCAUGGAGUGCACAGGUUGGCUGAUAGUAAGACGUUUAAUACAAAAUUUCUUUGGUUCACAACAUUUUUUAUUGGACUAAUAGCAGCAACCAUGUUCAAUAUAUCCACUGUACAGACUUACAUUCACGGACCUGGGUAUCAGUCAGGAUUCAACUUUGCUCCCCUGGCUGUCAACGGAGAAUUCCCCUUACCACAGAUAAUGGUUUGUGAUCCAAACCCUUGGAAAGAAGAUGCUGCAAAGAUUAUGAAUAUAAGCACUGAGCUGUAUUUCUACAUCAGCCAUCUCCUGAACCCUAAACCUAGAUCCUCCCUUACCCCUAGUAGAGAACAAAAAGGAUUGCAGAGACAGUAUGCCGAACUACUCGAUGAAUAUGAUAAUGAUACAAUCAAACUUCUCGAUAAGCUAACUCAUUCUUGUCAGGAUUUGUUUGUGGCCUGUAAGAUAGGUGUAGCCGACUUGGGCAAAGAUUGCUGUUUAAAGGGACUGUAAGCAUAAUUUC